AAUUUAAAGUUCUUCACUAGCUGAAGUUCUGAACUAUUCUACAUAUCUGUCUACUUUUGCACUACACGGGCUUUAAAUCCAGUGUAUUUAAUAUCCAAUGUCCUGUAGCUCACUGUAUGUUCAUCAUCAUCAUCCUCUAUCAGGUGCGUUACAGGUCACUUCCGGGUUCUCGCGCGAGCGUAAUCUCAGGUAAAAGGGGGAGAGGAAAAACAAACCCUGUAGUUUUGCUUCGAUGGCGGCGACUGAAGAAGAAACCCAAAUGAGGACCAUAUCAGAACUGUCGGACCAAGCAAUCCGGCAUUACGAGGGCCUGAGAAAAGAGCACGAGAAAACCAAAACAGAGUGUAAGCAGCUGAAGCAGGAGAGAGAUGAGGCCUUGCGGAAGCUGGAAGAUUUUGAAAGAGUGUCACAUAAGGUGCUGCAGGAGGUCAGCAGUAUGCAGCAGAACCUGGAGGUCGAGAAGACCUGCAGGGAGACGGUCGAGGCCCUGGCAACUAAGCUGAACAGACAGAACCGCUCUCUAAAGAGGAAAAGUAUGAUGUAUAUGGCUCAUCUAGAUGCCAACGUCGUCGCCGAAAUCAACCUGACUGACAACGAGGAUGAGGAAAAUCAUCAGGAAGAGGGGCCUGGGGUGUGUAGCUCCUCCCACUGCCAGCUUGUCAUCUCUGAGCUGAGGAAUAAAUUAGAGUCGGCUCUGGAGGAGAAGAAGCGGUUAGCCAUCGAUCUGGACACCACAAAAGAUCAGCUCCGUAAAACCCGAGAGGAACUCCUGCGAGAAAAACACGAUAAUACUGUUUUGAUUGCUGAAACGCUCCAACAAAAGAAGCUCUUGGGGAAGUAUAACAGAGUGUCUCGGUAUGCGGUGGAGGAGUACGAGGCCUUGCAGGCUGAUCUGGAGCUGGAGAAGGAUUUACGUGUAGAGGCAGAGAAUUUUGCACACAAGAUGUUGGUGGAGCAGAAGAAGCUGAAGAGACAAAGUCAGGCCCUGAUGCAGAGUGUGUCACCUUCUGAAGCUCUGGAUAAUGCUCUCAAAGAGAUCAGCGCACUCACACACACCAUGGAAACACAGCGGUUGGAGCACCAACAACAGCUGAAGCGUUUGGAGGAUGAACUGCACGGCUCCGAGUUGCAGAAGCAGUUGGCUGUGUUGGAGAGGAAGACCGUGGUGCUGGAGGAAGAGAGAAGAGAGUGUAUGGAGAAAUGUUCCAGAGCUGAGACCGAGGCCAAAGACCUCCGCUUCACCGUGGAGGAACUGCAGAAAAAGCUACAGCAGGUGUCAAAUCCUGUACCUGCCCUAGCUCCUCCUCCUCCUCCUCCUCCCCCUCCUCCCCCUCCCCCUCCUCCACCUUCAGUCUCAAACAACCCUCUCAGCUCACUCAUGUCAUUGCUUCGUAAGAAAAAAGGCGCCAAUAGCGACAUUCCUUUAGUAGAGAAAGACGCCGCGCCGAAAGAUCCAGAGAAGGACAUUAGGCAGCAGGCUGUGUCAGAGAUGAUGGAAAGAAUUAAAAAAGGCAUUCAGCUCCGGCCAGUUGGCCAGACAGUCAUCAAGGCCACGCCACAACAGAGAGAACGAAUACCGUCUGGCUCUGCCAUUCAGGAACUUAAAGGGAUUUUGACCUCUGUGAAACGCGACUCACCCUGCCCCUCCCCUCCUGCAAGACCGUCCUCUCCAGAACCACAAUCUGAACUCCAGAAAGUCCUAAUGAAACGGCGAGGUAUGCUGGAGACGGCAAACGAUAACACAUUACCAGCUCAGCCCUUUCCCAGCAGUGUUCUGGACCUGACCCGGGUUAAGAUCGGACCCACCAGUGCUGGAAAAAGUGCCAAUAAUCACAACAUGCAACACUGACACCUCAACACCUAAACACACCUGAGCUGACAUUGGGGAAGAUGAGAUGACUGACGGACUGAUGAAGCAGACUGGAUAAUAAAACAGACACAAAGCUGCACUUUGCUCAACUACUCGAAUAGUUGUAAAAAAAGACGAUAAGUACAUUUUAUUUAGUAUUAAAGAUAA